GGAUGAAUAACCCACCGAAAAUUAUUGGGAGGGAAGAAAUCGGAUGGGGUACGUGGUCUUUAGAUGGUCGUUAAAAAAGCAAGCACAAAAUUGUACUGUGAGAUGGCGCAAGAGAGAUUGUCUGGCAGAAAUGUUUCUUUUACAACAUUUUCCUCAGAGGAACUCGUAUAUUUAAACGGUCAUUGAUUCUAAAACUGUCAGGAGCCAAACUCCAGCUGCCCUAAUGCUUAAUGGAUUGUGCCAGGUGUUUGUGUUGUUUCAGUCGCAGUCCUUUGCAUGCUGAACUUAGUUAAUUGGAUUUUUGAUAAACACGCAUUAAAUCUGGAUGUUAGUGAUGUGGAUCAUAGCCCGGAUAAAAUACAGUGCAGAGCCAAACUUUGGAUACACAUAUCCAUGAACAGCUGCUUCCUUACAAUGCGUGUAUGCUGGCUAGUGAGCAAAGAUAGAAGCUGUCAGCGAAUUAAACUACCGCAUUUAGAAAUGGUGGUGAUAGGGCGUGGGCCUGACACGGAGAUAACAGACAAGAAAUGUUCACGAAGACAAGUGCAACUAAAAGCAGAUUACAACAAAGGGUAUGUCAAGGUUAAACAGAUAGGAGUCAAUCCAACCAGUAUUGAUCUAGUGGAUGUUGGCAAAGAUCAAGAAACUAAACUGAAGCCAGGACAGGUUCUCCAUAUUGUCAAUAAAUUGUAUCCAUACACUGUACAAUUCUUGGAGGAAAUGGGCACGUGUGUUGGUCGGGAAAGUAACAAACUCCAAAGUGAAAAAAGGCGACAUGAUGAACCUGAGGAAAAAAAUAUGGAAAGCUUAUCUGGAAAACAAAUAAAAACAGACCAAGUGGAGUUGCAAAGCAACAAUUUGUACAAGAAUGUGACAGAUGGUGGUUCUGUUUCUUCACUUGAAAGCUCUUCUACCAAAAUGGAAUAUAUGCCGUACUGGGCUCAAGGUCUGAAGGUUUCUAUGCAAAACCCAGACGUGCAGGUCUACAAGGACGAGCAAGUUGUAGUUAUAAAGGAUAAAUAUCCAAAGGCUCGCUAUCAUUGGUUAGUGCUGCCCUGGAAGUCCAUUUCCACUUUAUUUGCAGUAACUCAUGAGCAUCUUGAACUGUUGGAACAUAUGCACAGAGUUGGAGAAAUGAUAAUCCAGCAGUGCCCAGAGAAAGACAGCCUCUGCUUCAGACUAGGCUACCAUGCCAUUCCCAGCAUGAGCCAGCUACAUCUUCAUAUCAUUAGUCAAGACUUUGAUUCUAAGUGGUUUAAAACCAAGAAGCAUUGGAAUUCUUUCACAACCGAUUACUUCUUGGACUCUACAGAUGUGAUAGCAAUGGUAAAGAAGAAAGGAAAAGUAACUGUCGAUAAGAAUGCCAUCCAACUUCUAACACUGCCUCUGAAGUGCCACGUGUGCAAAAGGCAACUACUGACUAUUCCUCAGUUAAAAGAACACCUUAAAGAACAUUGGCCCAAAUGACUCUAGGACUUGUUUCAUUUAUGCACCAGAGUUAUCCUGAGUAUUGGCUAAAUUCAGUUCCAAUGUUCAUAUGCAAAUGCUAUUGCCAUAGGAAGUGUACCAAAAUCUUGUCACACUAUUUGUAGAGGGAAGUGGCAGCUAUGGAUAGAAGGGAUGUGGAAAUAUACAAGGGUUGUACAAUGAUGUUGUACUUGUGCUUUUGCAGUGGAACCUUCACCCAUGACAUCUCUAUGCCCUUCUUCAUGCUAAAGAAUUCGUUAUAGUUAAUGGGCCAACUAAAGUGAGCCCUGCUGUUGAAUGAAUCUGUUAUGUGGAAACUUAUGUUUUUUAACUUUGACAUGACGGAAGAUAACUUUGCACUUACAUUCAGGAUACUGUUCUACAUUUCAAGCUGAACCUUGGCAUUCAUUUUCAAACCUGGCAUGGGUAAGAGGAGAAAAACUAAAAAUGUACUGUAGUGAGAUUUGACUUGUAGCCUGAGCUAUCAGGAUAAUGUUCCAUCCUAUGUUGGAGGCAUUUCUCUGCUUUCCCAAUUUGAUUUUCAGCUUUAUCACUAUACUGUUUCUAAGUGGACUGCUGUGGAUAUGCAGCAGGCAUUACAAUGUGAAAUCUGAGAUCUUUAAAAAAAAAUAUCACUUGAA